AUGCUGGGUGCGCAUGCGUGUAGCAGGAAUGCCUCAGAAUCGUCCUUUGUCCACAGUCCAGAAAGAGUCAGGGUGGCCGCCGGAGGGGCUGAUAGCGUACACUUCUUGAAGGCGCGAAACUGUGUGGCCGUGCGUUAUUGUGUAGUUAACGUUGCGGGAGUGAAGAGGACACAAAUAGGAGGAGCUAUGGAUCCAAAAAAUGAAUCACGUGGUGACGAAAUCGAACUUAGCGUCCAGGGAGCAAGUAAGCCCAGCAGCGAAAUGGCUACGAAGUCCGAUCUGCCCGAAAGAGGGUCGUGGGCCAGCAAGCUCGACUUCAUUCUGUCCGUAAUCGGCUUGGCGAUUGGGCUGGGCAACGUGUGGCGUUUCCCCUACCUCUGCUACAAGAACGGCGGCGGCGCGUUCCUCAUACCUUACUUCCUCACGCUGUUCCUCGCCGGCAUACCGAUGUUCUUCAUGGAGCUCGCUAUGGGGCAGAUGCUGACGAUAGGCGGUUUGGGCGUGUUCAAGAUCGCGCCUAUAUUCAAAGGUAUUGGGUACGCGGCUGCGGUGAUGUCCUGCUGGAUGAACGUUUAUUACAUCGUGAUUCUAGCGUGGGCCAUCUUCUACUUCUUCAUGUCUAUGAGAGCAGAUGUGCCCUGGAGGACUUGCGAUAACUACUGGAACACGGCCACUUGCGUGAACCCUUACGACCGCAAGAACCUGACGUGCUGGUCCUCCUUCGACAUGACGACGCUCUGCACCCUGAACGGAAAGAACAUCAGCAAGGCCAUACUCUCCGACCCCGUCAAGGAAUUCUGGGAGCGUCGGGCACUUCAAAUUUCGAGCGGCAUCGAGAACAUUGGCAACAUUCGCUGGGAGCUCGCCGGGACUCUUCUGCUCGUCUGGGUUCUGUGCUACUUCUGCAUCUGGAAGGGAGUGCGUUGGACCGGCAAAGUGGUCUAUUUCACCGCCCUCUUCCCUUAUUUCUUGCUGACCGUUCUCUUAAUCCGAGGCAUAACUUUACCUGGUGCAUUGGAAGGCAUCAAGUUCUACAUAAUGCCAAACAUGUCGAAACUUCUGGAAUCCGAAGUAUGGAUAGAUGCCGUCACGCAGAUUUUCUUCUCCUACGGUCUCGGUUUGGGCACCUUGGUGGCUUUGGGCAGCUACAAUAAAUUCACCAAUAACGUUUACAAGGAUGCUCUGAUAGUCUGUACUGUAAACUCUAGUACAUCGAUGUUCGCUGGCUUCGUCAUUUUCUCCGUGGUAGGCUUCAUGGCGCACGAACAACAGCGGCCUGUAGAGGAAGUGGCAGCUUCAGGUCCCGGCCUAGCUUUCCUGGCUUAUCCAUCGGCGGUACUCCAACUUCCCGGUGCACCAUUAUGGUCUUGUCUAUUCUUCUUCAUGCUGCUUCUCAUUGGGUUGGACAGCCAGUUCUGCACGAUGGAGGGCUUCAUCACCGCCGUCAUCGACGAGUGGCCUAAGCUUUUGAGGAGGCGCAAGGAAAUCUUCAUCGCGAUCACUUGCGUGAUUUCAUAUUUGGUCGGACUGUCUUGUAUCUCAGAGGGUGGCAUGUACGUCUUCCAAAUCCUCGACUCAUACGCUGUUUCCGGUUUCUGCCUGUUGUUCCUGAUAUUCUUCGAGUGUGUCUCCAUCUCUUGGGCGUUCGGUGUCAACCGCUUCUACGACGGCAUUAAGGAAAUGAUCGGCUACUACCCCACUAUUUGGUGGAAGUUCUGCUGGGUUGGCUUCACGCCUGCCAUUUGCAUUAGCGUGUUCAUCUUUAACUUGGUGCAGUGGACUCCUAUUAAGUACAUGAACUACGAAUAUCCCUGGUGGUCACACGCCUUCGGCUGGUUCACGGCACUCUCAUCGAUGCUUUGCAUCCCCGGUUACAUGAUAUAUCUGUGGCGUGUCACCCCUGGCACCAGAAUGGAGAAAUUCCACACCAUCGUACGUAUCCCUGAGGAUGUGCCGGCGCUCCGCACGAAAAUGCAGGCCGAGGAGCAAGCUAAGCACGCGAAGGCC